AUGGGUCGCCAUACGCCUGCCCGCAGCUUUGAACACCCUGCGCAUGAGAAAAUUAGUCGAAUGUUGUCUCGCGUCAACACGCCCACCCCAAGCAGCGUGAAUCAGAAACCGCACAUCAGCGGCGCGCUCAAGUUUGUCGACGGUGAGGCAGAUCGCGCGCAAGCUCUCGCAGCUGCAGAAGUCUGGAAACAACGGUUCGGGGAAGAAGCAAAGUGGAAGAAUGCAGUGGGAAGAAUACAACGUUUUGCCAAAGAAGACCAUCUGAGAGAACAUCACGUCAUCGAGCGGCGCCAAAUACCUUCAGCUCACGAGCCGUGGCUUACUGUUCGCACUGAGACUGGGCUUGGAGAGGAGCCUAGCGAUGGAAUCAUCCUGGAUAGUUUCCCCAGCGAGAGCCCUACACUGCGCGUGGUGGGCGACCUGGUGACAUCAGUCAUAAAAGGCAAAGAGAGAUUACUCGAACCAAACAUAUCACUACCUGUUUCUCCGGCCCCUGCCUCACCUUUUUCUCCAGGCGGUUUCUGGGAGUCCCUCACACCGACUGACUCCUCCGGCUUCGCCACACCCAUCACUACUGUCCCACGCACCGCUGUCUCGGGCUCCCUCGCCCCGCCAGCAGACCGGGACGCGAAGACCGCUUACGAAAAGGUGAAGCGCGACAUUGAAGACAUCGCACGAGACGUCUGCGCCAGCCGCCUCAGCAUCCACAAGCUCUUCGAGGGCCCCAACCAAAUCCGUCUCAAAGACAGCAUGGUACGCACAAAAGACCGGGUCCAAGCCGCCGAAAUCGUCGUUGAAUUACGCCAACUCACCACGCUGGAGGAUGUGCUGGUCAGUGAAAUUCCUGCUAAAUUGGACGUCCUGGCUGACGAAGAAGCCGCCAUGGUGCGUCUGAACUGCAUCCCCACGGCCGAGAUCUUACAGCAGAAUGUGGAUCAGUGGCUGCAAAUUGACGAGGAAACAUUGGAGUUUAAAACUUUGCUGGAUGUACAGCGCGACUUACUCCUCGGCGAAUUGAAGACCAAAAGAAAGUCACUCCUUGCACUCAGCGCACCCGCGUAUGAACUCGUCUGGGCGACAUGCAUCUUCACAUAUAGACAGGCAAAGCUGGAAAGCUGUGGCGAUGGCAGCAGUACAGGCAGUGACGAGCAAUUUGCCUACGACUACGGGAAUUUCAUGCGGAUGUUGGGUGGCAAUGUCAGACAGCCAGGCAGUCUAAUGGCGCAGAUACCGUGGACCACACAACGUCGACCUCGAACACACAGCGCGAGUCCAUCUACUGGUCUUUCUACGCCUCCUUCGCGGGCGGGGGGUAUCCAAUCUGUCCCUUGUGACGGCGACGGUAACCGUAACCGCAACCGCAACCGCACACACGAGAAUGAAACCAAUGGCCUCACACUCACACCCACCCCCAACCCGCCCAUCCUCCUCCGCCGCACAAACGCAAACUCCCCAUCCACAACAACAUCGACCCGUCGUCCGCGCCGCAAAUUGCACAUCUCAACGAGUAACCUGUCAAACACUACUUUCGCCUCGUACGAGGUAUCAAAUACUGCCAGCGUACCUAAUCCACCACCCAGCCUAUCCAUCCCCCCUUCCAUCCCCGCCACCAACCCCUUCCCCCAAACCCGCAGCACAAGACGCCAGGAACCCAGUCUCGGCGCCCUCGAAGACUGGGCCGAGACUCUGCGUGUCAUGGAGUGUGCGUAUGAAUCCGGUACCGGCGACGGGCGAACUGGGACUGAGGGUACGGGUACGGGUACUGGUGACCGUGGCAGUGGUUGCUUGGGUAGAGAGAGUCGGAUGCGUGGCCAGAGUUCGCCGCUUUCGAGCUCGAGUUCGCGGUAUAGUAGGGAUGAGGCGGGGGUUGUGGUUGGGGUUGGGGUUGGGGGUGAAGAGACGCAGGGCCGAGUUGGGGAUGCAUCUGCGGUUGGGGACAUUGCGCAUGUUGAGUCGUUGCAAAGUGAGAAUCUUGGACAUGGACGUGCACGCCCGGAUUCACACACACGUAUACACACACCCACACCAUCACAAACUACCCACUCAAGCAGCACUCACACUCACACAAACACAAACACACACACCCGUCAAAACAACUCCAGCCCAGACUCCACUCCCCAUCCCCAUCCUCAAACUCCAAACACAUCCUGGGCCCAGGAUCUCGCCGAGAUGCAGGGCCGAGAGGCGGUGCGGCGGGCUGGAGGGUUAGAGUAA